UGGACAUCUAUUUUCUUUAAAUCACAGAAUACAAUUUCUAGAAUAUAUGUGCACUCGGUGAUCAGCUUUGUUUAAUAACAACUGUUAUAAUUGGCGAAAAGAAUCCUCAUAAAACUGGCAUUAAUAGGCUUAUCAAAAACCUACGCGCCUUUAUAUUUAGAUGGCAGUGACCUCCUGAAGUGGUUCCGCAGCCAUUGUUUUGCAAGCGAAGGCCAGCGUGAGGUCAAAGUUGAGGGCCGGGGUCAUUCUGUUGAGUGAUAAUCCUGCUAAAGGUCAGCUUUGAUUCUCGGACAAAGGUUACAGGCUGGAGGAAGUAGCACUCAGCUAUCAGGAGUGAAUAUCUCUCCCCUCCAAUCUGAACUGCAUGUAAACCUGUGUGUGUGUGUGUGUGUGUGUGUGUGUGUGCGUGUGUGUAUGUGUGUGCGUGUGUGUGUGUGUGUGUAGCCCCGUCUGUUUUAUGAGCUGAUGCAACAGAAUAGAUAGAUAGAUAGAUAUAUACUUUAUGCAUCCAAUUUGAUUGUAGCAGUAGCAAGCAAAGUUAGUCAUCUUUCAUGUUUCUUCCCCUCCCUUCAUUCUUAGCGUUGGUCGAACACUCCUCUGCCAUGUCCCGGCAUGUUUAUGCACUGCCUCCUCCUGCGCUCCUUCACUCAUGCUGUCAAACCGCUUUCCUUCCUUCCCCUUUUCUUAUUUUCCACGCUGUGACCUCGGGGCUAUCCCUUCAUCCAUUCCGCUUUGCUUGGUUUUCUGCGCCCUCAGUCAAUGAGCCGCCAGCGUGAUUUCAGGAAAACGUGUACUUCCGUUUUGGUGUUGUCGAAAUACUUUGUGCUUUUUGUCUCAGGAAAAAAGGGUCCUGUUUAUCAAAGGACUUUUAAAAAGGAAGGACUGGAUCCCCGAGUGGAUUACUAACCAACUGUGACAAUGGCCUUUUUAUCCGAGAUGCACAAACCCCUUUUCCCCCUGGUGCUCCUCUUCUACGUCCCUCUCACCUGUCUAUGCCAGACAAUCCUCAACUCAACCAACACCACGACCGCUUCCUCUCCUUCCUCAAACUCUACGUCCAUAAAGGGCUGCGGCAGAGAACUCAACCCCAUCUACCGGUUCCUGUGUGACCGCCGGGCAGCAUGGGGUAUCGUGCUGGAGACCCUGGCCUCCUCGGGCUUCCUGUUCAGCAUGAGCCUCCUGCUCGGCCUGCUGCUCUGGUCCCUGUGGAUCUGCUCUUCGACGAGGAACCAGCGCAGCAGCAUCGGCGGCACGGUGGCCUGCAUGUCCAUGUUCUUGCUGGCCACGGCAGGGAUCUUUGCCAUCACCUUCUCCUUCAUCAUCCGCCUCACCCCUCAGACCUGCCCCACCAGGCUCUUCCUCUUCAGCGUGCUCUUCGCCCUGGCCUUCUCCUGCCUGCUGGCCCGCUGCCUCGCUCUGCUGGGCUUCGCGGCGGCCCGCGGCUGGGGGGAGCCCGCCCUGGCCCUGGGGCUCUUCGCCGUGCAGGUGAUCAUCUCCACCCAGUGGCUGAUCGUGGUGUUGGUCCGGGACAGGAAGCCCUGCGAGUACAGCCAGGAGGAAUUCGUCAUGCUGCAGAUCUACGUGCUGUGCCUGCUGGCGAUCGGCUCGAUCCUCUCCCUGCACUUCCUGUUCCGCUCCUGCUUCACGUACAGCUACAGCUACACAGGGCCCGUCCGCCAGCAGAGCCGAGCGCAGGCCACGAUGCUCUGCCUCACGCUGUUGCUCUCCGCCUGCAUCUGGGUGGUGUGGAUCACGAUGCUCGUCAGGGGGAACCCUGAGGUGGGCCGCCGGCCGCGGUGGGACGACCCGGUGCUCUGCAUCGCCUUGGUGGUAAACGGCUGGGUGCUACUGAUGGGCCACGGGCUCUCCCAGAUCGCCUGCUUCUGCAGGGGGGAGGCCAAGUCCAAGGAUAUCCCUCUGAGCUUUGCAGGCUGGACCAGCCCAUGUGCAGAUAUCCCAGCACUGUCCAGCCCGAAUGAAGGGAACGAGAACGGAAGCUUUGAGAGCGAUAGUGAGAGCAGGAGAGGCCCUGAGCAAUCUCUGCGAUCGCCCUACGAGUCUGGAUUCGCCGUGACGGAAAUCGACCCCGACAGAGAUUACACCAUCCCUCGCCCGCAGACCACCAACUACCUGGAACCUUAUGACGAAUAUUGAAAUUGUUGUCAUGUCUGCUUCUUUCUCACACACACACACCCCAUAGGUUUUUCUACAUUUCUUCUUUUUUUUUUGUGCAAAUGU